CUAUCACGGUGUCUGCUUCGUCUUUCUCACCUCCUCUCCGUCCGUCUUUAACGCGCUCGGUGGACUGAGGCUGCCUCAGAGGUGAGAACAUAACGUACAAGGGGGCACUGAGCUUUUACGCAUGGAGGUUGGAAUCUGUCUGUCAGAAUUUACGCGGAACUGCUACUGAAGAUGCAACCGGGUUUAUGAGACCUUUUAAGGGCUUGAAGAAGGGCUUUAAAGAGAGCAGCGAUGCGAGGGACUGAGUUGCUGCUCGGCUACUUUCUGGUGAAAGUUCUGGUGUGUGACGCGGAGGGCGAGCUGGAUCAAACCGCGGAUGACUUCAUGAUAGUAACGGCGUUCAACGAGUCAGCGGAGGGGGAGAGCGCAUCCACGGAGACCCCGCACACUGAGGAGAAGUGUCGCGGCUAUUACGACGUGAUGGGUCAGUGGGACCCGCCGUUCGUGUGCAGGACGGGCAGCUACCUGUACUGCUGCGGCACCUGUGGCUUCAGGUUCUGUUGUGCGUUCAAAAAUUCCCGGCUGGACCAGACCACCUGUAAGAAUUACGACACCCCGCCGUGGAUGACACCCGGCAGACCCCCGCCAAAAGUGGACGUGGCCCUGGAGUCCGCCAAGGAUAAAACCAACCUCAUCGUCUAUGUCAUCUGCGGGGUCGUGGCCAUUAUGGCACUUAUAGGGAUUUUCACCAAGCUCGGUUUGGAAAAGACGCACCGUCCAAACAGAGACAAUAUGUCAAGAGCUCUUGCACAUGUGAUCCGCCAUCCUGCUUCAGAAGAUACAGAUGACAUUGGUCUGAGUCAACACUAUGAGAACCUACAAACAAGAUUGGCACUUGACAAUUUCCACAGCAAUCAGAUGAACAAUGUGGCCCAGUCUCCAACUUUGGUAGGUCAGCCAUAUCCAGCAGUUGGACAGAUUAUCAGCCCAUAUGAACAACAGACCCCACUCAAGGAUCUCAACAAGUACAACACUCUGAAGGCUGUGGCAGAGAAAGCAAAUGACAACUACCAAAGCAACCGCAGACAAGCGAUUGAGAUGACAGCUAAGGGUAGCCUUCCAAUGGAAAGUGUGGAUAUGGAGCCAGAGCCUCCAAAUCCUUACAGCCCACCCAGACAGCGUUCUAUGAAGCACAGCGAACACAAGUACAAAAGCCACAGGAGCCACAGCUCCCAGUCACUGUCCCACAUCUCCAACAUAGCAGUCAGCCCAGGGGGGCUGAGAUCCUGGCAAAGCAAAGACAUGCUGGGACUUCGACAGAGCUAUGGCCAAAUGAAGCCUGGCAUCACAGAGAAAGAGCUACAUAGCUCCCGCUACAUGCCUCCACAACCUUACUUUGUCACCAACAGUAAGACAGAAGUGACAGUAUGAGUGUCUGCAUUAUUCAGGCUCAAAAUAAGCCAGAAUUAAUCAUAAAAAAAGGGUUCCUUGCAACCCUAUGAGUGGGGUUGCAAGGAGCCAGCAUGGACUGUACUAAAUGCAUCUCGGGUAGCAAGAUGCCAUCUAUAGUUGAUGUGUACUGUGUACUCCUGGGGGCACUGUAAUCAAAAUGUCGUGUCUGAUGCUCAUGUAAUCUCACUACUAAAGCCGCAGAAAUUACUUAUCACAUUGUUGGGAUGAGGCACUAAUUACUGUCACAAGUAUCUACUGAGAUAUUCAAGGAGACUGCACUGUAUUUUCUAAUGUGUAGUUGAAAGAUAAUCCAAUCAAAUUGAACUAGCCUGUGGCUGUUUAUUGAUUAAAUAAGACACCUGAAGGUUACAUACUGAAAAAGACUAAUCCUGAACUAAGAGUGAUUAUUUUUUCACAUAGCUGUCAUGUUCUAAUUAUGAGCCCUCUAAAGCAUUACCUCAAUUAAAAAAUGUAAUUCACGACUUGCUAAACUAUCACCUCAUGCAGGAAUUGUAGACAUUUAAAGAAAACUCUUGUAAUUCUUGAUUUAAAUAGUGUCACAAACAUUGGAAAACUGACUUGAAAGAUUUUGUGU